AUGGUAGAUGAGUUUACAGCCCUCCUUUGCAAUGGCACUUGGUCUCUUGUACCUUGGUCUCCUUCCAUGAAUCUUGUUUGGUGUAAAUGGGUUUAUCGGAUUAAGAGGAGGAAGGCUGAUGGCUCCAUCGAGCACUAUAAUGUGCAACUUGUUGCAAAAGGUUUCCAUCAACAUCUUGGUUUGGACUACACUGAUACUUUCAGCUUUUUUGUCAAGCCAACGAUGAUUCGGGUUGUCCUUGCUCUUGCUACCCCCCACAGCUGGCCUAUCUGGAAACUUGAUGUUCACAGUGCUUUCCUCCAUGGCAAGCUCACCGAGAAGGUUUUUGUAGUCCAACCACGGGGUUUUGAGGACCUUAAUCGACCUGAGGCUGUUUGUCACCUCCACCACUCAUUGUCAGGCUCCCAUAUUACCUUUAUAUUGAUCUAUGUUGAUGAUGUCCUCGUUACAGGUAGCUCUUCAGCCAUUAUUCCUUGGCUUUUUCAGAAGCUUGCUACUAAGUUCUCCAUUAAAGACCUUGGUCCUCUCCAUUUCUUUCUUGGCAUUGAGGCAAUUCAUCAAAUGGGUGGUCUGUUACUCUCUCAGUCUCGUUAUAUUGGGGAUCUUCUACACCAAGUAGGUAUGGUGGAUUGUAAACUAGUGAAAACAAUAAUGGCCAUCACUAUGAAACCCUCUACUAAUGGGGGUGUACCCAUGGUCAAUCCAACCCAAUAUCGCUCCAUUGUUUGGGCCUUAAAGUAUGUCACCCUCACUAGCCCUAAUGUCAGCUUUGCCGUCAAUAAGGCGUGCCAGUUCAUACAUGCGCCCUCCAAAGAUAACUGGAAACUGGUAAAGCGCAUCCUACGCAUCCUCAAGUACACCCGUGCCCAUGGUCUGCUCAUUGAGCGCAGCCCCAAACUCUUGCUCCAAGCUUUUACUGAAGCUGAUUGGGUAGGCAAUGGUGAUGAAAGACGGUCCACAAGUGGUUAUUCUAUGUGCCUUGGUCCUAACUUCAUUUCUUGGAUCUCUUGCAAACAGAAAACAGUGACUCAUUCAUCUACCGAAUCAGAAUACAAGGCUAUGGCUGAGCUGCCGCAGAAUUGA